GGUACACAUAAAAUUUCCCGAUGUUUCUGAGGUGAUUGCUGCCUCCAUCAUCAGGGCGAUGGUGAUGGAGACUAAAUUACUCAUCAUACAAAAGAAUACGUCUCAUUCGGCUCAACAGAGAGCAGCAAAAGAUUACAGCACUGGAGAAUGGGAACAGAAGGAAGCCCUUGUGUUAGAGAAAUCAGAAUGGUACAGGAUUAGAGGACACAAACACUUUCUCAACAAGGAAGCAGAGUAUGCAGAACAACAGCACAGACUGCAUGAAAAUUUAAAAAAAUAUUCAAGAUUUAUGAUAAAAGACUGGGAAAAUACAUUACAGAAAAAGAAAGAACAAAGGAUUGCUGCUAAUAAAGCAAGACUUGAGGCUAUUAAGAAUAAAGGAAGUGAUGUCCAGAAAACAUUCAGAAAGGAGCAAGAAACGGAGAAAAGGAAGUAUCUUCAGAAGUGUCAACAAGCCCUGAAUUACAACAAGGACAACUUUAAGAUGCUGAACCACAGUUUAAGAUUCUCUGAGGUCUUGAGAACACGAGAUGCACAGAUUAAAUUUGAUAAGAAACUGAAGGCACUAGAAGAAAAGAAAGAACAAGAAUAUGCAGAUAAGUGUAGAAAAAAUGCAGAAGAUUAUAAGAAAGAGACACAACUAGAAAAGAAGAGGAGGACUGAAAAGAUGAAUAAGAACAAAGAAGACUUGCUAGCACAAAUUAAAGAAAAAGCCGAUAAGAUGCUCUCUGAAGAGAAGGAAAAACAACGGGAAAGUGAAGAUUUGAUAAAUAUAAGAAAAGAAAUUGAAAUGGAAGAAAAAUGUAAGGAAAAUAAGAUUGCUAAGAAAAAGGAAAUUUUCAGGCAAGAGAUCGAGGAUUUUUUGGAAAAACAGAAAGAAUUCAAAGAAGCUGAGAAACACACAGAAGAGAUAGAGAAAAAGCUUACCGAAAUAUACAGAAGAUCAAAACAAAAGGUUGAACAAAUGCGGAAGGAGAAAGAACAGGAAAUAUUAAAUGAAUCAUUAAACAAGAAAGAAAAAAUCAGAGAUUACUUGGCACAGCUUAAACAAAGAAAGGGAGAUGAAGAAAAUGCAUUAAGAAAAAAAGCAACUGCAGAAAAGGAGGCUAUAGCAGAGAAGAAUAAAUUGAAGAAAUCAGCAUAUGAGCAAUGUCUAAAACAGAAGAGGAUAAAGGCUUAUAAAGAAUUCUUGGCAAGGGAGGAACAGUCUAAGAAAGACAUGCAAGAAUUAAAGAAAUGGGAAAUAAUGCAAAGAUUGAAGGAGAAUGAAGCCAACCAUGAAUUCAACAAACAGAGACAUGAGAAGAAUAUUAAAGACAUUGAAGAAACCCGAAAGAGUUAUGGAAAACAGAUUAAAGAAAGACAAGCAGCAAAACAGAAAGCCUCUGAAGAAGAAGAAGGGAAAUCUCUCAGAGAGACACUCAAUAUGUAUGAUGAAGACAAGGCAUUCCUCAAGUAUAUUGAUGAAAUUAUAGAGGAUUCUACAAAGAAAGGGCGUUACCUGUAUCCAAUACUGAAUACCGUACAGGAUUAUAAGAAAAGGUAUGGCCUUACAAUCACUAAGAAGGCUGAACCUAUGAUGAAAUCCAAGAUACUGUUUGGCCCACAACCUGAAGAGCCUUGAUGUUGGGGACCUUGUAUACCGAAGGAGGGACUAUGAGUGAAGAAAUUCCAAAAUGAAGCACUCAAAUCUGUUAAUAUCACAUUUGUACA